AUGAGAGUAAAAUCAGUAGGUAUUAGGGUUAAAGAUUAAUCUAAACUUGGGAAAAAGGUUUUAAAGCCAAAUAAAUAUGCGAAUAUUUAUAAAAAAAGAGUGGGGCUUUAAGAAAUCUCUCCAUUUUUGAAGGAAAAAGCUAUGUUAAGAAACGAUUUAGCUAAGGAUAUAUAAAAACUAUCAGAAAUAAUUGAUCUACACAAACAAAAUGAGGCCAAAAGGUAAAUAACUAUCUAAGUCAAUGAAUAUUAUGCUAAAAAUGUAUCAAAGAAGUUAAAUUCUAACUCUAAUUAAGAGUAUAGAUAUCUCAAAAAGCGCAAGACUAAACAAUAAAUAAGGAUGAUUAUUCAAAAGUAACUUUAUCCCCAUUUAAUAGAUUUGAUUACCAAUCUUUUCGCUGCUCAACAUUUUAUUGAAGGAGAAAAGAUUUCAAUAAAAGAAUAGAUGAUGAGCUUAAAAGAAUAAGUAAGACAACCAUAUCAGGAAGAUUUAGAAUAAUCAUUAAGAAAGGUAUUUAUGCAAAAAUUAGCAUAAAAAAAUAAGGUAAUUAAUAUAAAUGAGAUUAAUAAAGGUAUUAGUGUACCUAGUACUUAAAUAGUUGAAUUUAAUGUUAAAGAAGAAAUAGACUCAAAAGAUGGCAAUGCUUAAUUUAAAAAAGAUUAAUUUAAAAAUUGUAAAUAAGAGUGUUUGAAUGAAAAAAAUGUUAAUACAAACCAAAUUUAUGAAUAAGUAGAACUUUCAAAUGAAAUAACAGGCUUUAAUAUAGAAAAAAGUAGAAAUUUUGAAUCAUAAGUUAGGUUCUAUCACUAUGAAAAGAUUAAAGAAUAUUCAAAUGAUAUUAAAUUCUUAUCUAAUCAAACUAAUGGUGAAAUGAAUUAGAAUCAACACAUUAGUAAAAAGCACUAAUUAAAUUUAUCAGAAAUAAGCUUCCUCUAAUAUUCAUAAAGCUUAAAAAUUCACAUGUAGUAAUAGUUAAGCAUUAAAAAAAAUAUUUUUGACAUGAAAAAAGAGGCAUUCCAAAAAGAAUGCUUUAGCAAUAACUAGAUUUAAUUCUCCUGUGUUACAAAUUAACAACAUUAAUAAUCAAUAAUUAAUUCAACAUUGAUUUUAGAAGAUAAGUUGUUAGGAGGAGGAGGAGUUUGUGGAAGUAAAUCAAAAGUCGGACCUUUAGAAUCAAGAAUAGAGUAAAAAUAGAAAAAAAUGAAGUAAAUCAUAAAUGGGAAAGGGUAACUUGAAAUAGAUUUCUAAAUUUAGAGUGAUAACAAUGAUGAUCAAGAAGUAGAUGAUAUAUUCAAAGAUUUUAAUGAAUAAUAUAAUAAGUAUAUUAAUACUUCAAAAGUCAGUGAAAAAGUAAUAGAAACUCAUGUUAGAUUAAUAAUUGAAGAUUCUCUACAUAAAUUUAGAGAAUAAAUAGUUUAGUAAGACAUUAGACAUAAAGUUAUUGAUAUGAUUAACUUAUUAAUCAAUUAUUUACUCAUUAUUAGAUAAAAUAACUCAACUUAAUCAAUACAAUCUGAUAUUAAUUAAGUAACUGAUAAGCUGGAAACACUAAUUAUAUAUUGCAAAGAAAAUAAAGAGAGACACCCUUGCUUAGAUCUUUAUUAAUACUUUGAGAUUUUAAAGACUUUGAAUUCUUAAAGAUAAGGCUUAGAUGAAGCAAACAAAAGUGUUGCAAUAUAGAUCAUUUAAAAAGUUAUUUAAGUUACUAAAUUUGGAGCAGGAUUUGUUAGUAUUGCAGGAGCUAUCAAAAAUUUAACAGAAAUUAACUUAAAAGAAAUAAAUGAAUUUAUUAAUCAAAUUAAAUAAAUAGUUCAAAAACUUACUUCUGAUUCUUCAACUGGUGCUAUAAAAAUAGGACUUGAUAGCUAUUCUGACUAUAACUCCAACAAUAUUGCUAAUAAUAUGUAAGCCUUGUGGCUAAGAAAAGUUCAAUACAUGGGAGACAGUCUUUCUCAAAGCGAUCCUAUUUAAGAAAUAAUCUUUUAUCUGGAAGAGUCUCCAAAAAUAAUAAAUAAAGAUACUCAACUAUUUAUUUAUAUGCAAUUAAAUUAUCUGUUAUCAAAAUAAAAAUUGGAAGAUAAUUUUAAAAAACUAUCUGAGGUGUUCAAAGAUUCGAAUAAAAAUGAAUUAAUAACUAAGUUAUCAAAUAGUUUACAAGUAAAAGAAUUUUCUGAUAGUGUCAUAGAUAAGCUUAAAAAUAUAGCAAAUCUGAUUGCACAAAACAAUCAAUUUAGAUAUAUAAAAGCUUAGUUGCUUUUAUACUUUGCUCAAAUUAUUUAACUGACCAACAAGAAUGAAUUUACUGAUAUUAUGACUGACAUAAUAUCUAAUUACUUACAAGAGAAAUAAAAGUCUGUGAAGAUUGUUUAUAGAAACAAUUAGAUUAUGGCAGAUUUCAUUCAUAAUCAUCUUAAUAAAACUUAAAUUUUAACUUAAAUAGACUAGUUCAAGUAAUAAAUGGCCAAGCAUUUAGAUAAUAAGUAAUAGUACAAUGACUUUGCAUAUGAUAUUUCAAAUGAAAAAGAAUUAGAUAGGUAGCUUGCAAAGUAUUUUGUAGAAAUGUGGGAACAAAGUGUUAAAUAAAGAUAGAAAAAGCUCGAAAUAACUCAUAAAGACGAUGUAUUAUUGGAAGCAAUUCAUUUAUAUGUUAAUUAAUAGAUUACUUACUCUGAAGGUUAUAAAAUUGAUACAAAAGAAAAAGAUGCUGUCAAAUAAAUUAUAUAAUAAUUCCUCAUCCCUAACUUUGUAUUAUCUUAAGAUGACAUUUAACAAUAAAAUGAGAACCAACAAAAUUUACAACGAUCUAAUUAAUCUUCAUGUAAAAUCAUAUCAAUUUUAGCAGAAGGAGGUUCUGGAAAGUCGAUGCUUUUAAAAAAGUUAGAAUUUGAACUAUUAAAUCGUGAUUCUGAAUAUACAAAAGAUUUCAGAUCUGAGUUCAUACCAUUUAUUAUCAAGUUCAACUCUUUAGAUAGAGAAAAACCAUCUAUUGAAGACUAUCUAGAGUCCCUUAAUAUUAAGAGAAAAGAUAUUGAUAAUUUAAAGAAAUCUGAGAGAAAUAAAUUAAUCAUGCUUGAUGGUUAUGAUGAAUAUACAGGAAACUAUUUUAAGGUUUACUAAAAAUUAUAACUUAAUGAAUGGGUAAAUACUCUAGUUAUUGUUACUUCUAGAUUAGAAAAAAUAACAGUUUCUGAUGCUAAACUCUACUUUAAUUACUAUGAUUAGUAAGGUAACUAAGGUGAUAAUAAUUCAUUUUCAAUUUUAAAACUUGAAAAAAUAACAGUUGAAGAUAUCAAUGACUAUUUGUAAAAAUAUAAAAAACAAUCAUAAAACCAAAAAGAUUUUAAUCCAUAAAGUCAUGAUAAACUGCAAGAAAUUAUAUUUAAAAACAAAUAAUUAACUAAUUUACUUAAGCUUCCUAUCAAUUUGUAUCUUACAACUAGAAUGAUUAUAGAUAUAAAUCUUAAUGAUGAGAAUACUUCAAAAGCAUUUUAGGAGUUUUCUGACUAGAUUGAGAUACAAGAAUUAUUUUUCUCAUAACAAUUCAAAAAAUAAUCUCAGAUUUUUAUUGAACAACAGUAAUAAUUAAAACUAAAUGAGAAACAAAGAUAAGAAUUAUUGGAAAAAAUAGAAUCCUGCUACUUUGAAUACUUCUAGUCUAUAGCUAUGCAUAUGUUCAUUUAAAAAGGCUAAAAAUCAAAUUACCUUUCAAUAACAAGAGACUCUAUUCAAUUUAAGCCUAGAGAAGAUGUUUCUGCUUUCUUCAAAUAAAAUAAAUUAAAGAUAGAUGAUAUCAUUAAAAAACUGCAUAAUUAUGUUGAUUCUAGAGCUAUUACAAAGAUUAAAUUGAAACUUGAUGAGGAUAAUGCUGAGAGUUCUUAAAAUGAGAAACAGAAAGUAAAAGAUGACGAAACAUAAUAAGAAUUUGAGUUCAGACAUAAAUCACUCUUUGAAUAUUUUGCUGCUAGGGCAAUAAAAUAUGAUUUUGAUCUGCAUAAAGAAAACAUCUUUAAAUUAGACAUUUCAUAACUUAAAAAAUUUAAUAUUAAUAAAAAAAUCAUCAUGAGUAACCAAAAAAAUUCAUCCGAACAAUAAAUUCUACUAAAACUUUACAAACUUAUGUUAUCAGAUAUUCAAUCAUCUUUUUUUAAGAAAACUUAUUAUUAAGAAGAUAUAUCUAAAGCAAAUAGGUAUAUUUAAUAUCUUAAAAAAUCCACAAUUUCAAAGUAAACUGAAAAGAGCGAAAUAGAUGUUGGAGCUUCUAAUUUAUUAUCAGCUCUCUAUCUUUCAAAAUUAUCAUAUCCUAGUUUGACUUUCAAAAAAUGUUCAUUUUCUUAGGCAUAUAUCAUUAAUGGAUCGCCUAAGCUUGCCAUAUUUAAUGACUGUAAUUUAAAUGAUUCACUAAUUUAUAGAUAAAACUUAGAAAACUUUGAAACUUCAAACACUAAAAAUGCAAUUUUUGAUAAUUUAUAAAAACACUUUGGUACUGAUGAUAUUUACUCAUUUAUGUAAGCCAUAUUUUAUAAGAAUACUCUUGUCACUAUCUCAAAAACUGGUUAUAUAAAUUAAUUUGAGAUUAAUCAAAAUAUAGAUUAAUGCUGUAAAAAACUAAAAUCAAAACAUAUUAUCAAUGAUACUUUAAAAAGAAUUUAUUUUAUUAACACAAAAAAUAUAUUUGUUGUUUUAGCAAGAAAGUCUCUAUUUGAGAUUAAUGCAGAAACUUUUGAUAUAAUAAACACUUUCUCUUUUAAUUAUAUUAUUAACAGUUUUGCAAUAAAUAACUCAAAAUAUAUUGUUACUUUUUAAAACUAUAGUAUAUUUUAUGGUGAUAUUUAAAAUGGCUUCACACUUCUUGAUUAAAUAAAAAUUUAAGCUGACUAAAUUUUAUCAAUUAAUAAUAAAAUUUUAACUUAUCAAAAUAAAGAAAUUAAUAUUUAUAAUUUGUCAAAUCUCUAGUUAGUUAAAAAUAUAAAAAAUUUUCCCUGUAAUUUUUACAUAGCUUCCUUAACACCUGAUGGCAAGUACCUUGCAGCAUAAUCAAGUGGCAAUACUUGCAAAAUAUGGAAUAUAGAAAAUGGAUUGGAACUCGUAUAUACAAUCCAAGAGCAUAAGGGUGAUAUUUAUUCUAUUUGUUUUUCUAAUGAUGGCAAGUAUCUAGCAACAAGUUCGGAAGAUAAAACUUGCAUGAUCUGGAAUGUAGAAAAGGGAUUUGAACUACUUCAGACUAUUGAAGAAAAGGAUCAUUCUUUUUUUUAAUAUGUUAGUUUUUCAUAAAAUGGUUAAUAUCUUGUGACCAUCUCUAGAGAUAUUAGUUGUAAAAUUUGGAGCAUAGAAAAAGGAUUUGAGUUUGUAAAUAAGAUUGAAGGGCAUACAUAAAUAGUUCAAUCAGUUGCUUUUUCUCCAGAUGGUAAGUAUCUUGCUACAAGUUCAUUUGAUUAAACUUACAAAAUCUGGAAUAUAGAAAAAGGAUAUGAUCUCGUAAAUACUAUUCAAGGACAUACAGAUAAGAUUACAUAUAUAACAUUUUCUUCUAAUAGUAAACUUUUAGCAACAGCUUCUUAUGAUAAAACUUGCAAAAUAUGGCAAGUUGAAAAAGGAUUUGAGCUAAUUAUUUCGAUUGAAACAGGAACUGAUUGGAUACCUUAACUUUCUUUUUCCACCAAUGGUAAGUAUCUUGCAGGGUGUUCUAAUGAUAAAACUUGUAAAGUCUGGAAUCUAGAGAAUCAUUUUGAGCUUUAGUAUUCAAUUGAAGGACAUACAGGUUGUGUAAAAUCAGUAGCUUUUUCUCCUGAUAGUAAGUAUCUUGCAACAGGUUCUCAUGAUAGAACAUUCAAAAUCUGGAAUGUAGAAUAAGGGUUUAAACUGGCAUAUAAUAUUGAAACGUAAUAGCAAUAAAUUCUAUCAAUAGCUUUUUCUCCAGACGGUAAGUAUCUUGCAUCAAGUUCUUAGGAUCAUACUUGUAAAAUUUGGAAUGCAGUGAAUGGAUAUGAAUUUAUAAAUAAGAUUGAAGGACAUACAGGAGAAGUCAAAUCAGUAGCUUUUUCACCAGAUAAUAAGUAUCUCGCAACAGGUUCUAACGAUCAUACUUCUAGAAUAUGGAAUGUAGAAAAGGGAUUUGAACUCAUAAAUUGUAUUAAAGACCAUAUGGGAUAUAUUAACUAAGUUGCUUUUUCUACAGAUAGCAAAUACGUUGUAACAGGUUCUGACGAUUAUACCUGCAAAGUCUGGAAUAUAGAAAAAGGAUUUGAGCUAAUUAAUAUCGAGGAAAAACAUAAAAGUAUAGUUUCUGCAGCUGCUUUUAGUAUAGAUGGCUAGUAUCUAGUAACUUGUUCAUAUGAUAAAACAUUCAAAAUUUGGGAUGCACAAAAAGAAUUUGAGCUUAUAAAUACAAAAAUAGCACAUACAAAAACAAUUAAAUAAGUUAGUUUUUCACAAGAUGGUAGAUAUCUAGCAACAUGUUCUCAAGAUCAAACCUGUAAAAUUUUCAAUGUAGAAAAAGGGUUUGAGCUCAUAAAAACGAUUGAACAAGGGCAUACUGGAUCUAUACUAACAGUUGCUUUUUCUUCAAAUAGCAGAUAUCUCGCUACAGGUUCAUAAGAUAAUACUUGCAAGAUCUGGGAUGUAGAUAAUGAAUUUGAGCUUAUAAAAUCACUUCAAGGUCAUACUGGUGAGAUUUUAAAAGUUUGCUUUUCCAUAGAUGAAAAGUAUCUUGCAACAUGUUCUUAAGAUAAUACAUGCAGAAUUUGGAAUGUUGAAAAUGAAUUUUAACUCUAUAUCACAAUUGAAGCACAUACAGAAUCUAUUGCUUGUAUUAAUUUUUCUCGAGAUGGAAGAUUUUUUGCUACAGGUUCUUGGGAUUAUACUUGUAAAAUCUGGGAUGUUAAAAAUGGAUUUCAGCUCAUGUACACUCUUGAAGGAUAUGCAGAAGGAUUUAGUGCACUUGCUUUUUCUAAAGAUAGUAAAUAUUUAGUAACAGGUUCAUUUGAUAGCAAUUGCAAGAUUUGGGAUAUACAAAAAGGAUUUGUGCUCAUUAACAUAAUUCAUACAUAUUAUACUUUUAUACACUCAAUUUAAUUUUCACCUGAUGGAAAAUACCUUACAAUAAGUUAAAAUAGUUGUACUAGCAUCUGGGAUUUAGAAAAAGGAUUUAAGUUCAUUAAUAUGAUUGAAGAAUGUGUACAAGACAUUUCUUCAUUUGCUUUUUCUGCAGACGGUAAUUAUUUUGGAGUUUCUUUAAGUGAAAAUAAAUAAAAAGUCUGGAAUAUAGAAACAGGAUUUGAUUUAUUGAGUAAAGAUGACAUAGAAAAGUAUAAUAUUAAGUUAAAAUCCAAUAUAAACUAAGAUAAAAAUAUGUUAAUUCCGAUAUUAAAAAAUCUAAAUAUAUUUAAAUAGGUUUAUUAAAUAUGA